ACUGCGCCGUGACGGACGUAACCAAUGCGCUCCUUUAAAGCUAAUCUAAAAACGGACGUCUGCAGCCUAAUGUCGCUUUUAUUUUGUUGAUUUCACUUCAAAAAUGGACAUAGGGUGCUGCGCAGUCGGCAUGCGAACCAAACUUGUCAUUUUAUAACUUUUAAUGAGGAAAGAUCCUGCAGAGAUGGACAGCAGCCCUAAAUAAUAAUGACUGGCUGCCCUCGGUGUAACCACGGAUUCGCUUUUUACAAGGAAACACAUGUCAAAAUGGCCUCAUGCCUGCGCUGGUGCGUCCCACCCUGCCGGCCGUCCAAACCUCGCUGGGCAUGAAGCCGUUCCUCCCCAUCCCGCUGGACACCGCCUCGGCCAUCAGCCUUUUCCCAGGAUUCAACACGAUGGACCCGGUGCAGAAAGCCGUCCUCCAUCACACCCUGGGCAUCCCUCCCACAGCCAAGAGGAAGCAUGUGUCCUGCAGCGUCUGCCAGCUGAGGUUCAACUCACAGAGCCAGGCCUUGGCCCACUACAAGGGCACCAAACAUGCCAAGAAGCUAAAAGCCCUGGAAACCCCGAAGAGUAAGCUCAAAGGCUCAGCGGUCACCAAGGAAACGGCCAACCAGGAGACCGCCAAGGGCAUCAACACCUUGCAGGUCCCCAACGGCACAGACAGGAAAGGCUGUUUUGAUGCUCGGCUCAGCGCGGCCGCCUGGGAGUCCAUGGCUGUUAAUUGUAGGAGCGAGGAGGUCAUUGGCGGCCUGCUAACCGUACAAACAUCAGUCAAGACAUCUGCAGCGUCGGCGGGAACACACACGGACACCCAGAGGUCAACGACCACAGAUGCCACCUCUGGAUCAACGGCUUCCCCCCUGAUCAGACCAGCGAACCCCCCGGUGACCCCAGCUGCAUCCUCACCUGAGCCGCUAAGCUCUCCGAAAGCUCCAGGUGACGCGGCCGCCUCCGACGCCACCUUGGCUUCCCACGGAGAGGAGAAGCUGCCGAAAACAAACUCGCCCUCGGAGACGCAGGCGGAGCAGAAGGCCGAAGCCGAGACGGAGACGGACACGGAGACGGAGGAGGAAAAAGCCCGGCGCCUCCUUUACUGCUCGCUCUGCAAAGUGGCGGUCAACUCUGCGUCACAGCUGGACGCUCACAAUACUGGCACGAAGCACAAGACGAUGCUGGAGGCCCGCAGCGGCGUGGGCUCCAUCAAGUCUUUCCCUCGACCGGGAGUCAAAAGCAAAUUGGCUUCAUCCUCCAAAUCAUCAACUGGCCUGCAGAACAAAACCUUUUACUGUGAGACGUGUGACGUGCAUGUCAAUUCAGAGACUCAGCUAAAGCAGCACAUCAGCAGUCGGCGUCAUAAAGAUCGAGCAGCAGGGAAACCAGCCAAGCCCAAAUACAGUCCCUACAGCAAACCGCAGAAAGGCCAGACCAAACAGUCGAUUAAGCUGAUCUUAGGAAAGGAGCCUCAGUGUCGGCCUCUGACCGCUCAGAUCCUUCCCGCUCACUUGGCAGCGGUAGCCGCCGCCAUCGGAGGCUCCUUCACACACCGCACAAACCACGGCGCCAGCCCAACGCCGAACCCUGCCCUUUUCCAGACUCAGGCGCUCCCCGCCGCACUGCUCCGCCCGGCCCCCGGGCCUGUCAGGACCUCUCAUCCACAAGUCCUCUUUGCCCCUUACUGAGCCUCGUCCGCCUCCUCAAAGACCGAGCCGCGUGGAGUCACUGCAGCCUCCUUCUAUGCAUCAGAUUACUGGACAUCUUCAAGCCGCCAUGUUGGAACCUCCAGCUCCUCAUUCAAAGCAGCCGGAGCUUCUUGUGCUGGAUUUAUUUCUCCGAUCCUGACCCAACGAGCUUUCAGUGCCAUGGCUAACCCGUCCCGGACCGACCCGGACCUACAGUACAUUGUUCCGCAAUAAUGUAUGUGAACUAUGCAGUGUUGUUGCGUCCUGACUGGGAUCUGGUGCGUGGCGCCCGACAUGGAGGAGUCACUCACAAGUGGAACCGGUUGUUCCUGGUACCGAGCGCUGGAGACGCUCCUCUGUUCCUGUAUGCACUUUAAGCUCUUUCUCUGAUGUCUACAGUAGAUGGUUAGACCGUGUUAGGUGGUUAUGUGUCUUGUAAAGUGUGUGUGUGUGUGUGUGUGUUUUUCUUUUUGACAUUUGUCUCUGCAUAUCUUUAUGUGUGUGUUGGGGAAUGUUGGGCUACAUGUGUGCGAGUGUGAGAGAUGUUUCUAUCCAUCGUAAGCCAUUCCAGUCGUUAUCCAGCAUCCAUUGUCACCUGCUGUCUCACUGCAGAAACACUGAAUUACACCAAGUAUUCUUGGACCAGUUAUAGUGGAAAUAUCUUAACAUACAAGGAAAAAAGCAAAAUCAACUUAGAAGUAACUUUUAAGCAGGAUAUGAAAGCUUGUUUUAGUAAAUAAUUCCUACAGC